UUUCCAGAUGGGCACAGGAGAGGUGGGGACUGUAACUGGGAGGAGAUAAAACCAGUACAGUGGAGCAUACUGGUGCAUGUCCACAGCAGGAAGGGACUUCUGUGGGCCCUGGCCUGGCUGGGGGAUGGUGUGGAGUCAUGACAAUGACAGCCAGACCAGCUGGGAUGGCCAAGGGAGCUGCCAUCAUUCCAACGGGACCUGCAGGCAGGCCAGGACCAAGAACCUGGACUUCCGCCGGAAGUGGGACAAGGAUGAAUAUGAGAAACUCGCAGAGAAGCGGCUCACAGAGGAGAGGGAAAAGAAAGAUGGCAAACCAGCUCAGCCCGUCAAAAGAGAACUGCUGCGGCACCGAGACUACAAAGUGGACCUGGAAUCCAAGCUGGGGAAAACCAUUGUCAUCACCAAAACUACCCCCCAGUCAGAGAUGGGAGGGUAUUACUGUAAUGUAUGCGACUGUGUGGUGAAAGAUUCCAUCAAUUUCUUGGAUCACAUCAACGGCAAAAAACACCAGAGGAAUCUGGGCAUGUCCAUGCGGGUGGAGCGUUCCACACUGGACCAGGUGAAGAAACGCUUUGAAGUGAACAAGAAGAAGAUGGAGGAGAAGCAGAAGGAUUAUGACUUUGAGGAGAGGAUGAAGGAGCUCCGUGAGGAGGAGGAGAAGGCCAAAGCCUACAAGAAGGAGAAGCAGAGAGAGAAGAAGAGGCGGGCAGAGGAAGAUUUGACCUUUGAAGAGGAUGAUGAAAUGGCAGCUGUGAUGGGUUUCUCUGGUUUUGGCUCAACCAAAAAGAGCCACUGAGCAGCCCCGGACUCUCCUCUUUCUCUAACAGCUUGUUUUUACCCAGGGAACUCUGGAUAACUCUUCAAAGGACUUGAGGACUUGUAUGUAAAUCUCCCAGUAAAAGUUGGCUGGAAGAGUUGAAAAGCAAUUCCAUGCUCUACCUGUGCUGCAGAUCAAGCUUUGCCUCUCAUUAGCUUCCCUUCUCCUUAUGUGUCCUAGAUCUGGCUGCUCAGCUACUCUGUGGCCAUGUGUGUGCAGGGAAGUGCUCUGUUGGGUACAUUUUUUUGUCAAUAAAGUGCACAUUCUGCACAGGUGGCCUGGUUCAGGAUUAAUCUAGUUGUCAGCCAGGCCCUACUUGUCACCCAAGCUGUGUUUGAGAUGCUGGGAGGGAUUCAGUUGCUUUUAGGCUCAUAAUGAAGGAAAUGUGCCACAGCAAGCAGUGUGAGAGGUGCAUCUUUAUGGCUUGUGCUGAGCAGAGCUGGUGGCUGCAUGGAGUCUGGGUUGCUGAAACUUUUCUGUUUGUUUUAUCUGCAAGGGAGACUUCCCUCCUUUUCUUUGUGUUUUAUCCCAUAAUUUCAGUAUCAUUAAGGUAGGGGAGAAAUUCUUCCCCAUGACUGGUCUAGGAUAGAGCAAAUGAAAGAAAGGUGUGUACAAUUUGCCAGAAAUAAAUGGAACAUUCUAAUGGGCCCUUUGGUGGGGGUUUGACACCUUCUUUAUUUUGAGAGCUUCUGUUUCUCAAGAAGAGCUGCUGGUGUCUCCCAGCAGCACAGAGCAGGGGUGGCCUUCUGGGGACCCCAUAGGUGGCAGAGGUGAGGUGUGUGCCCUCUCUCCUGGCUCAGCUCCCAGCUGCCCUAGGCAGGCCAUUGCCAUCAUUCUUGACUUUUUAAAGUAAUUCUGGAGAUGGGUGUAAGAAUAUGGAAGGGGAAGGGAGUUCAGGGCUGGAGACCUUCAUUCCCAUCAGGCAAUCCAAGACAGGCUGGGCUGUGUUCCAGGUUUUACCAGCCUUAGUAUAUUAAGGGCCGUUUUUUUCCUGUCUACUGACUGUCAGUGUCUUUUCACCUCUGCCUUCCCCUAAAUCCACUUCGUUUCUGCUUUUAUUUACCUCAGUCAAACCUUGUGUGACUCAUUUCCGUCUGCAGUUAGGAUUUAUAUUUUGCAUGGCUGGGUUUUGGUAGCUCUGUCUCCCUCUCCUCUCUCUUUUUAUGUAUAUUGAUGAAAUCCUUGUGCUUGCCCUUCUCUGUGCUCAUAUGAAAUUUCCAGCCUGGGGAAGGCUGCAGUGUUUAGCCUGCUCUUUCUAAUACAUCUAGAACAAAUCCUGUAAUGUUGUGCUGCUGUUUUAAUUCCUUAAUCUUAGCCUGCUGACAGCUUCAUUGCCUCAGGUCUUUCCGCUUCAAUUCAGAUUAUAAUCCCCGUUGAAGAUGCUAUUGAAAUGAUAUAUAGCCAGUCAGAUACAGCUGUCCUUGGAGGUUUGACCCUUUUAACUUGGCAAUCCUUUGACUUUGGCUCUCUGAGCACACAGGCUGGGAGGGCAACUUUCAUUCCAGCCACGUUCCUAGUGCUGUUCAGGCUGCAGCACGUGGCUUCGGCUGAAUGGGAGAGCGGAGACGCUCGCGCCUUUGUGCCCUCCAGGAUGCAAAAGGGAUGCCGCCAUGGUUUCAUACACAUUAAAAGUUUAGGAUGUUUCAGAGAA